AUGUACGGCCAUACCUCUCCUAUUAGACCAGACGCAAGUUCGACUGGUCAUUCAAAUGGAGAUCAUGAUCUACGAUGGAUCCCUAUACCUACCAUUCGUCCCCAACACUUCACCCAGGAGAAAAUCCGUUUGACCAACCUCCUCUCUCCUCGACCCUCUUUGGAUCAUAUGCGAUCUCAAUCUCAUUCCACCUUGAUCAACCGAGAUGAAGCUCGAGAAUCGGAGAUCAAUAAUGGAGGUAAUCUCGCUACGGUGCGUCGUAAGAGCUCGAAGAUUUGGUCCAAAGCCAAAGAAGUUAGUCGGAAAGCUUCUAUCAUCCGUCAACGUCAACAUCGACGUCCUUCUUCUUUAGCAGGGGCAGGGGGGACGACAAGUGAAGAAGAAUGGGAGAUUGUCACUCCAACACUCGGUUCGUCCGAGUUCACUCAAACUCCCACCACGCCGUGUCAUUCGAAUGGAGAAGAUCAUGAAGAUAUGGUCCAUGGUGCUAGAGGGACAGGAACGAUCUCAAGGGUCAGUCAGAGAGCUCAACAAGGGAGUGCAUUAGAUUUACUCGAUGUGAACAGUAUAACCAGUAUAUCACAUAUGACUAGAACGAGCUCGACGGAAUAUCCAAGAUCUGGUUCCGGGUCUGGACAGCGGUCAUUGGAAGUAGAUCUAGGCAAUUAUCAAUUCCCUUCACCGCCUACGCAUAUCAAACAGAAAAGAAGUUGGUUGGAAGGUGGGCCAUUGACAGUCCCAGAAGAUAGAGAAGAGGUAGAAAGGAAAUUGCCUGAUGAUCAUCCAUUCAAUUCACCUCUUCCUUCCGAUCGAUCACACUCACACUCACAUCGGACCCCUCUUUCUCGUUCUUCUUCUUCCCCCUCUACUCAAGAGAGAUACCAUCACCUAGUGGAGAUACUUCGUUCGUUGAAUUUCCUCAAAGAAGAAUUGUUUCGACAUAACAUAUAUUCGAUCAGAAUACUGUCUUCAUUCGAAGAUGUCUUACCUCCAUCUAUAAUGAAUGGAAUAAAUGGACGCUUGGAUAGGUAUUGGAAUAAAUGGAGUGUGAUCCUCAAUACUGCCGGCCAACAGAUAUCAUCAUCCAUCAUCUCACUUCAGCAUCAAUCACCCUCUUCGACUCAGCUUCGGGAUCCACCUGCAGCUUCGCAAAAGGAUUAUACAUAUUUGAAAUCUCUUAUACCUGCUCCAUUGACAACGGACGAGAUGGAAAGGCUGAUAUGGACCUUGGAGGAUAGUGGGAGAGUGGCGAGUGGAACGUAUAGAAGGAUGUUUGGAUGUAGGGCGAAAAGUAGGAUCAUGACGCCUCAGGAGGAAAGGGAGGCUGAUGAGAAGGGAUUGAGGGACUGGAUGGUCGGUGAGACCGAAAGUAUGGAAAGAGAACAGUGGAGGAGAAACUGUAGAGGAAUAUAA